CGAAGGCAGGUGACAAGUGUACCGAGAGCAUUGUGGGUAGGCAGUGAUUCGGAUUCAACAUGGCGGAAAAACAUGCGCUCGAUUGCAGUGAUAGCAGUUAUGCCGAAGGUGGGUACGAAAAUGGCAGUUUCAAGCGGCAAAGAGUUGAUUCAGGAGCUGCGGAAGGAUACGAACAAAGAUCUUACCAAGACUCUGGAGGUCGUAGCAAUCCGCAUUAUACGGAACCCUCGCCAGUAGUUCAUGUCCGUGGUAUUGCGGACGAAGCCCGCGAACAAGAUCUGUUGCAUGCUCUUUCAUCGUUCGGUACCAUCAGUUGUGUAACGAUGAUGCCGAAGCUGCGACAAGCGUUGGUGGAAUUUGAAGACAUUUCAUCUGCAAAGUCCCUCAUGGGAUAUACUCAGAGUGGACAGACCAUUGUUUUACGUGGAAGACCUGCGUACUUCAAUUACUCGAAAAGCAAGAGUAUAUCAAAGAACCUCUCCGUACAGCAGGAGCUUCCCGUGAACAGAAUUCUUUUGAUCACCGUAAUAAAUCCUCAAUAUCCAAUCACGACAGACAUUCUUCACACUAUCUUCAGUAAACAAGGUCAUGUCUUAAGGAUUGUCAUCUUCAGAAAAAGUGGAUUACAGGCAAUGGUUGAAUUUGCGUCUGUGGACCAAGCACAACAAGCCAAAGAUGCCUUGAAUGGAGCUGAUAUUUACACUGGCUGUAACACACUGAAAAUAGAAUACUCAAGGGCCACCUCACUUAAUGUUUACAAGAAUGAUGAAGAAACAUUUGAUUAUACAGAAGACAAGGCAUAUGGUGUUGCUCCGCCAAGGCCACCAAUGAAAGAAGGUCUCCUCAGUCGCCCUCCAGGGGGACCAUAUCCUGGUCGAGGAGGGAUGGCAAUGCAUGCUCCCCGGCCCUUACUUCAGCCAUCACCCAUGGCGGGAGGUUGUGUUCUCAUGGUGUAUGGACUGCAUGAGCACAAGAUGAAUUGUGAUCGAGUCUUCAAUAUUCUUUGCUGCUAUGGGAAUGUUCUGAAGGUGAAGUUCCUGAUGAACAAGCGUGGUGCUGCCAUGGUAGAGAUGGGUGAUCACAUUGCUUGUAACACAGUUAUUCAGUGUCUGGGAGGACAGCAGCUCUUUGGCAGCCAGAUUGACUUCAGUUUUUCUAAGCAGAAGUAUCUUGUGGAUUCCUCAUCUGUCAUGAAUUUGCCAGAUGGGACACCGUGUUACAAGACAUACUCUAAUUCCAAGAAUCAGCGCUUCUGGACACCAGAACAAAGCAGCAAGAAUCGCAUUUUUUCUCCUACAAAAGUCUUGCAUUUCUUUAAUGCUCCGCCGGACUUUUCUACAGAAAAAGUCAACGAGAUGUGUUCAAAUUGUGCAGUCGAACGUCCGGUUGCUGUCAAAGUGUUUCCUAAUGCUACUCGUUCAGCAGCAGGUCUUAUGGAAUGGGAAAAUCCGUCCCAGGCCCUUGAGGUUCUGGCAGCGUGUAAUCAUUACGUCAUACGUGAUGCUGCUGCCAAGACAAUCUUCACAGUUAAACUCGCCUUUUCGUCCAUGUCAAGCGCACAAUAACAAGGGGCCUGUUGCCAACUCUACUCACAUUACCCCUGGCAUUUUUCGUCGACGUUGACUACCCUGUCAGGGGUAGGGAAAGGAUUUAAUCGACACCGAAACUCGGACAUGGGACGGCAGAAAGAACUUUGCAAGCGACAACUUCAAGUCGCGAUUUAUUUUUAAGUUAAAAUGACUUGGAGAGAAGUAUUAGGAAAAAGUUAUAAACAAACCACAAGAGUUUCUUCGAGUUAACGUUUUGUUACUUUAUUACUUUAUUUUAACAGCAUUUUACUUGAAACUUUCUUUUGCAUUUCAUCAAGUGCUUAAAGAUAAUUAUAUUUUAGCGUUGAAUUCCGUGAUAACAUUUCGUCCAGUUAGACGUAGAUGUGGAAAAUUUUAUGGUAUGAGAGAAUUAACUUUACAGUUAUGUAUUUACCAAACUGACACUUACUGAGAUUAUUAAAAUACCCAAUAUUACAGAAAG